GAGCAGCUGCGGAGUUGUGGAGUCAUGGCGGAGCUCCGCCGCGCCUCAGAUCGGUGGAGUUACGGAUUUUACAUCACCAAUAAACUGUCAAAACUUUAUAGUUAAUCAAAGAUGUUCGAACGCGAGGUAAAGUUACGAGCGCCGUCAUAGUGCAGUUAAAACAGUCGAACAAAAAGAGCUGACAAAGAUGUGAGACUCUACAGAAGAAGAAGAAGAAGGAGGAGGAGAAAACCGUUGGAGUGUCCUGAAGUCCUAAAUAUGGCUACUUGUUUCUUUCACUUGGACUCCUUCAGAAACUUUUCGCUUCUUGUGGAUGUUUAGCGAUGGAGGCCAAGCACAGAGAGCUGCUGGAGCAGUGGCAGCAGAAGUUCCCGGAGUCCGGCACAGAUGUGGAGCGGCUGCUGGAGCUGCUGGCCGAGCGCGGGUGUCUGAGCCCGGCCGAGCGCGCGGAGAUCCGGCGGAGCGGCGGCGGCGGGCGGGAGAAGAUCCGGCGGCUGAUACAGACCCUGCUGGAGGACCAGGACCAGAACCAACACCGCUUUCAGGAGCUCUGCUGGGCUCUGGAGAAAACACAGCCGGGGGACAACCAGCAGCACAACACGGGCUCCUCCUGCAGUGUUUUGUCUGCGAUGCCGUCAGACUCUGAGAGCAGCAGUUCUCUGAGCAGCGUCGCAUCCUCUCCUCCUGCACACCUGGAGAAGCAGGUGUUGAGUGAGAAGCUGGAGCCGCUGCUGUCUCAGCUCAGACAGGUGACCCGCGAGCGAGACGACCUGCGCAUCCGCCUGGCGCUCUCUUUACCCGGCAGCACCUUUGAUGAAAACACUGCAGCCGCAGACGCCAGACGGCCGAGUGUGAAGCCGGGUCAUGAUUAUGAACACAUGAAGCUGCAGUGCAUGAAGGCCAUGACGGACCUGCAGAGUCUGCAGAACCAGCACAACAAAACACUGAAGAGAUGUGAAGAGGCCGCCAGAGACGCCGAUUACUACCACACUCUUCAUGCGCGUGUGGUUGGCGAGCAGACUCAGCUGCGGGACGAGACUGAGGCGGUGAAGCAGAAAUACACACAGCUCCUGCAGCAACACACACACAUGCAGCAGACAUGCGACGAGCUGAGGCACACACACGACAGUGACCAGCGCGAGCUGCAGGACCUGCGCAUGCAGCAGCAGCAGGUGAUGAGGGAAAACGGCUCCUCCGACCUGCUGAAUAAACUCUACGACAGCGCUUUAAAUAAGCUGGAGGCUCUGAAGAAGGAGUACGAGGCUCUGCGGAAGCGCUAUAAUGAGCAGACGGCGCUGCACAAUGCAGACAAGAGCCGGUUGGAGCAGCUGGAGGAGGAGAAGCGGCGGCUGCAGAAGCAGAGAGAUGCAGCGCUGCACUUCCAGCAGCAGUACAGCGGGUCCAUGCACAGGUUUGAGAGUGUCCAGCAGGAGCUGAAUAAGCUGUCGGUCCAGAACGAGGAUCUGCUGAGAGAAACGGAGCGUCUGCAGAUGGAGAACACGCGCUGUAAAACCCUGCAGCUGAAGGCGGUGAAGGACGCAGAGAAGCUGAAGGAGGAGCGGGACUCUGUGCUGAGCGAGUACCGGCUGAUCAUGAGCGAGAGAGAUCAGGUCAUUAAAGAGCUGGAGAAACUGCAGAGCGGCCUAGAGGCGGCAGAACACAAGCUCAAAAACACCUCCAGCGAGAGGAGAGUCGCCGGCGAGGAGAUGGAGGCGCUCAGACAGGAGCUAAACUCUGCUCUUCUGGACCGCGAUCGUGCAAUUCGAGAGAAGAAUGAGCUGCUAGAGAAAUACUGUCAUGAGGUGCAGGAUAAAGCCGAGACCCAGAAAGAACUGAGCCAGGCCUGCAAAGACAUCGAGAUGGUGCGAGAGGAGCGAGACGUGGCCCGUAAAGAGCGGACAGAGGCUAUUAUACAGAGAGAUCAGCUAUUGAGAGAGUAUUACCAGGCCAGACAGAAGCAGGACAGUGCGGCACUGGACAUGGAGCGGGUCAGUAAGGAGCUGGAGGUGUUGCGGAAGCAGUGUGAGGCAGUGCAGGAGGAGCUGCAGGAGGCGCUGCAGGAGGGGGAGGUGGCCAAAUGCAGGAGAGACUGGGCCUUCCAGGAGAGAGACAAGAUCGUGGCUGAGAGGGAGAGCAUACGGACGUUGUGUGAUAAUCUGCGACGUGAGCGGGACCGAGCGGUCAGUGAUCUGGCUGAUGCUCUGCGAAACCUGGACGACCUGCGGAAACAGAAAAACGAUGCGGUUCGGGAGCUGAAGGAGCUGAAGGAAUGCAUGGACGAGCAGCUGGAGAAAGAGGCGCGAUUCCGUCAGCUGAUGGCGCACAAUUCUCACGAUUCAGCCAUCGAUACCGACUCUCUGGAGUGGGAGACGGAGACGGUGGAGUUCCAGAGGAGCACGGACAACAUGGAUUUGAGCACUUUGGGUUUUGAUAUCUCGGAGGGCGUGAGUGACCCGUAUCUCCCUGGGGAUUAUGGGAUAUUUGUGAGUAAAGUGGACAAAGGAAGUAUUGCAGAGGGCAGGUUAAGAGUCAAUGAUUGGCUGUUGAAGAUCAAUGAUGUGGAUCUGGCCAAUAAGGACCGGCAGCAGGUCAUAAAGGCUGUGUUCAGUGGUGGCGGUGGUGUUAUUAACAUGCUGGUGCGCAGGAGAAAAUCUCUCGGAGGAAAAACCGUGACUUCUGUUCAUCUGAACCUCGCCGGACAGAAAGACUGUGGUGUUGGUCUGGAGAGCGGUGUGUUUGUAUCGUCUGUAUCUCCCGGCAGUCCUGCGGCUAAAGAUGCUUCAGUUUGUCCCGGCGAUCGAAUCCUCAAUAUAAACGGGAUCUCUCUGGAUAAUAAACCCUUGAGUGAGUGUGAGAAUCUCCUGCGCAGCUGCAGAGACUCCGUUUCCAUCUCCCUCCUGAAGUUUUUUCCACAGAGUGUGUCAGUUCAGAGCAUCUCUGAGAUCCAGCGGGACGGUGAGAGAAACUCAAACACAGAUCCGCCCCCGAGGCCCAGCAGAAAGCCCAGCAGCAUCAGCACCAGCAGCAGCAUCAGCAUCCGUAAAGAGCCGUACAGCCCGGAGCACAUGUACCGCCCGGAGCCGUACCACCAGAUCUGCCUGAACCCCAAACGCCCGCUCACCUUCCACCCGGCAUCACCAGCAGACAACACACAGCAGCGCCAGAGACCCACCGGCGGCACCUGGCCCAAAAUCAUCCCGGUUGCAAUGACUACCUCUGGCAGCAUCCCGGUUGCCAUGGCGACUGCUGACAGCAUCCCUCCCCUAUCGAUUUUCAAGACCCCAAAAAAACGCAAGUCAAUAUUCGAUGCUGAUGUGUUCAAACGUCCCGAAACGCUGGAGUAUGUGACGCACACACACACACACUCUCCGCAGGGCUCCUGGACGGAUUCACCAGCACCGCCCGAUCCGCCCAAACGCAGCGACUCCUUCAAGUUUAAGCACAAGACGCAGGGCAGCUCGGCGUCAGACUCCACGGUCACCGCAGGCUCUCCGCCAGCCACGCCGGUGCAGGAGUCGAGCAGCGCUGAUGCGGAUGCGUGUGUGUUGCAGGACGGGUGUGUGUCCAACACUGACCCGCUGGAGCUGCAGAGAGGAAGACCCAAAUCUGCACCCGCACCGCGCCGCAACCUCACGCCACUCAAGAUGCCCUACACACAGAGUUUCUCUCAUGAUGAGCAGUCUCCUGAACCGGUGGAUCUGGUGCGCUUCUCUCCGUUCCGCUCCAAUCGCCACAGUUCAGCCUUCACUGCGGGACAUUCACUCACGGCUCCUCGUGCACUGUCUCCAUACCCUGCAGUGACAGCGGUGAUGAGGAACCCGGUGUACACGGCCUGGAGCCACUGCGUCAAAACCACUAACUCUGCUUCUGUGCCCUCACACACUUACACACAAGUCAGUCCGCAGCAUCAGGGCCGCUGGAGUGUGGAUCUGAACCACAAGCGUUCAGCUGAACUCUUCGACAACUCUCGCGGCUCAGGAGCACACAACACACACUCACUGCCCUCCAGCGCAAGACAGGGUCUGUCUCAGUAUCGCGAGCAGCGCAUCAAGAUUCCCUCCACACCUCGAUAUGCUCGAUCUGUCCAAGGCUCUGACAGAGGAUCUCUGUCUCACUCCGACUGCAGCAGCCCCAGUCUUGUGACUCCGCCCCUUUCUCCUAUGGACUCCGCCUCCUACACCAGCGGACAGUCACAGGCAUCCGGCUCCACCCACAGCAGGCUGUCAGUCAGUCCAGUGCCCAUAGACAGGAGAAGGGACAGGCCGUUCAUCGAGGAGCCACGGUACGUCACCAUCCCCAAAGGGGCGGAGCCUCUGGGCAUCUCCAUAGUGGGCGGGGACAAUGGUGGCAUUUUUGUCUCUAAGGUAACGGAGGGCAGCAUCGCUCAGAAGCACCACCUGGAGUUUGGAGACCAGCUGCUGGAGUUUAAUGGUGUUAAUCUCAGGAACGCCACUGAGCAGCUGGCGAGGCUCAUCAUUGGUCAGCAGUGUGACACCAUCACCAUACUGGCCCAGUACAACACACACAUGCAGCAGCUGGGCAACCACUCGCGCUCCAGCUCGCGGAUGGAGUCAUCUAUAAGCUCUCAUUCUACACCCGGUACACCAGACACACACUCCAACAUAGACACACUCAGUGAACAGGACGAGGGCACCAUGACUCCACCCUCCAAACAGGCCACGCCCACAUCCAGCCCUUACAGGGAGCGGGCGGAGCCGAGGCAGGUGUUGCUGAGGAAGACUCCGGUGGAUCUGGGCGUGAGGAUCUGCGGAGGAAACCUGACCGGUGUGUUUGUGGAGGAUCUGGAGGACGGAGGAGCUCACGGCCUGCAGCCUGGAGACCUGAUCCUGGAGUGCAACUCGGUGAGCAUGAAGAAUAAGACUGCAGAGGAGGUUUAUCUAGAGCUGCUGAAGCCUGCGGAGAACAUCAUGCUGAGGGUGCAGAACCGACCACAGCACUUCAGGAGAGCCAAAGACACACCUGGAGACGGAUUCUACAUCAGGGCGUUGUUUGACCAUGUUGGAGAUUCAGAGCAGGAAUUGAGCUUCAAGAAGGAUGAUAUCCUCUAUGUGGACGACACGCUGCCCAGGGGGAAUUUCGGCUACUGGUUGGCAUGGCAACUAGACGAGAACGCACAGAAGCUGAUGCGCGGACACGUGCCCAGCAAGUGCAUGAUGGAUCAGGAUUCCCAGCGUCGGUACAGUGUGACGGACAGUAAAGAUGAAAGCGGCUCUGGGAAGACGCUGUCAGCCGCGGCGCGUCGCUCUUUCUUUCGGCGGAAACUCAAACACAAACGCAGCAGCUCUAAAGACGGACGCGACGCUCCUGCAGCCGACGCCAUCAGCACUGACUCCAUGCCCUACCUGGAGGACUGUGUGAGUCCGGUCUAUCAGCGCGUUCUGAAGGUGGAAUCGGCCAGUCGCAGGCCAGUGUUGAUUCUGGGCCCUCUGGUGGAGCCAAUCAAAGACAUGCUGCUCAGAGAGGCUCCUGGGAAGUACUGCCGCUGUUUACCUGAGGGCAUGAAGGCCCAGCAGCAGGCCAUCGAGCGCGGUGUUAAAGACUGUUUGUUUAUCGAUUAUAAGCGGCGGAGCGGACACUUCGACGUCACCACAGUGGCCUCCAUUAAGGAGAUCACAGAGAAGGAUUGUCACUGUCUGCUGGACAUCGCUCCUCAUGCCAUCGAGCGCCUGCACGCUGUCAGCAUCUACCCCAUUGUCAUCUUCAUACGAUACAGAAAUGCCAAACAGAUCAAAGAGCAGAAAGACCCUGUUUAUCUGAGAGACAAAGUGUCACAAAAACAUUCCAAAGAGCAGUUUGAGUUGGCGCAGAGGAUUGAACAAGACUACAGCAAAUACUUCACAGGUGUGGUUCAGGCCGGCGUUCUCUCCAGCACAUGCACACAGAUCAUGGCCAUUGUGGACCAGGAGCAAAACAAAGUGCUGUGGAUUCCUGAUGGAAGCACGUGAAGAAAAGUCCUGAUAAACGCAAUAAUACUGACAACACUAGCAAAAACUCACACUGCUGCAACUCACUGCUGUAAACAUCACUACUACACUCAUAGGGCUGUGCUAUAUAUCAUGGAGACUUUAAAAACAUACGCUUUUAUGAGGAAUUAUGUUUAAUCAGUCUGCUUAUGUACAAAUAUUUAUCAUGUAGUCAACUGUAGAUCAGAUUCUGUAAACUCACAGUUUACAACUCUUGGUGACUCAGUUUGAACAGUUCAAAUUCUUAGUGACUCAAUUCAAACAGUUCAACUCUUGGUGACUCAGUUCGAACAGUUCAAACUCUUAAUGACUCAAUUCGAACAAUUCGGACUUUUAGUUACUCAAUUCAAACAGUUCAAAGACUUAGUGACUCAGUUUGAAUAGUUCAAACUAUUAGUGACUUAGUUUGAACAGUUCAAACUCUUAGUGACUCAAUUUAAACAGUUCAAUUCUUGGUGACUCAGUUCGAACAGUUCAAACUCUUAGUGACUCAUUUCGAACAAAUUCAGACUUUUAGUUACUCAAUUCGAACAGUUCAAACACUUAGUGACUCAGUUCGAAUAGUUCAUACUUUUUAAGGUGCGUUUGACUUGAACCAUGGCUGCAGCUGGUGAUCAACAAGAAUAGCCGAGUGCAGGCGGGGGCGUCAUCAAGUCGGACAGCCGGACACUUCGGCGCUCAAAGUUGCGGCAGUCAUGAUGACCGAUCACACUGCAUCAUCAUCAUUUAAAAAAAAUUUAACAACAAAAGACUUACAGUACAAAUAAUACGGAAUAGAGUCUCUACAACGUAUAGUUCAUUUUUAAACAAUAAGGGGAUUAUGAAUUAAAUAUUUAACAAACGUAUGAGAGAAAUAAGGGGAAACAAGAGGGUAAUAUAAACUUAACGAAUAGGCCUAUUAAAUACAAACAAUAAGCACAAACUCUCAGAGUUUAAACAUCACUCUAGGCUAAUACUUCUUGUUUGAAUAUGCUAAAAAGGCGUUUACAUUUAUUUACAUUUAUAGAUAUAAAACUUUCCAAUAUAUAUUAGUGUAAACCCCAAAAAACAUGGGGUUUUAAGUCUGAAACAAUGAUGGAGAUUAUUUUGGAUAAUGAAAGCAUCUUCAAAAAAGCACUUUAAUCCAAAAAGAUUGAACAAAAGGACAUUCCUGAAAUAAGUGAGCUCCACUUUCAGCAUAGGUUUCCCAGAAAGAGCAGGUUCAUCAAUGUCACUUUUAAAACUUGUGUAUAAAUGACUAGACAGGAAAACAAUCUCUUUUAUAAUCCUAUAAAUCAUUUCAUAAUUAUUUAAUAAAAUAGUUCUUUAACUUAAUUUGUUAAGAAAUCUUUAUAGGGGUGUCAGGAUCAAUGAUGAUAAUUAUUUUAUUUCAAGUCUGUAAGACUUAUUUGAGUUCAUAUUUAGGUUAUUCACAAAAAAUAUCAUUUAAAUCGUUCAUGGAGCUGAAUACAGCAGUCUGUACGCUCUCAGAAAUAAAGGUAUGCGGGCUGUCACUGGGGUGGUACCUUUUCAAAAGGUACACUUUUGUGCUUGAAGAGUCCAUAUUGGUACCUCAGAAGUUUAUAUUAGUACCUUAAUAUUUAAGAGGUACACUUUUGUACUUUUUAGGUACUAAUAUGUACCCUUGAGGUAAUAUGGACCUUUUAGGUACAAAUCUGUACCUUUUGAAACGGUACCACCCCAGUGAUGGCUCGCGUACCUUUUCUGAGAGUGUAUCAAAAGGCUGAAUAAACCUGUGCAAACAAUUAUGAACAAAUUAUUUAACAAAACAUGAUACUGCAGUAAAAUAUCUGUAGUGUUUUAAUAAGCAUGAUGUGUACAAGAUAGAGAGGGUAUGAAAAGGUACUUGUUUGUUUUGAAAUUUGUUAGACUGAAGUUGUCCAAUAAUAAACCUGAAACACACGUGGUUGUUGUCAUACGGUGAACUCGGCCAAUUGUGUAAUAUCGGUGUCGUCAUCAAUGCUCCAGCAGUCGCUCUUCAGACGAUGCACCGGCUGAAUCAGUCGUCUGAUCUCAGAGCGCUGUCGCGGUACUUUGAUGCUACAUGUGACAGUCACGUGGCAUCCGCGCAGCAUCAAUCCAGAGAAUUUCUAACCAGCAUGCACCACUUUAAGACAGAUUUCAUUGAUCUGCGCAGCACUGCAUGAAGUUUAACGCACCUAAUGACUCAAUUUGAACAGUUCAAACUCUUAGUGACUCAAUAUGAACAGUUCAAACUCUUAGUGACUCAGUUUGAUCAGUUCAAACUCUCAGUGACUCAAUUUAAACAGUUCAAACUGUUAGUGACUCAGUUCAGAGUUCAAAUCCCCGGUAAUAUCCGGAUUGAUUGCAAUCAUUUGAUUCAGGACUCCAGAUUUGUUCACAUCCUCCCUCAGACAUGUUUAUUUAUAUACUGUAUGUUCCAGAAGCGUGCUGCAGUUUUACAGAGUGACUUCAUGUAUCUCUUGUAUACGUAGAUUAGUAGAUUUCUAACGAAUGCCACUAUCAUUGCCGUUUACUUUAUAUUGUUUAUUCCUUUUCCAGUGUUGAAUAUAACUCUACACAAAGGGUUUGUUGUAGACUGAGAGGAAUUAAAAUACCUUUAUUAAAUUAGUACUUAUUUAGGGCUGGUAGCCAAUUCCACAUAUACAGCGAUGACCUUUAUUUUCUCCCUCAAUAAUAAAUAUAUUUAUGUAAAUAUAUUUUAUGUAAAUA